AUGGCUUCAACCUGGAGAGGUCUUUUCAGGACAGGUCAACACGCGACUGUGGUUGGAACCCGAUCUCUCCGGCCACUUGGGACAGCCGUCGGUCGCGUCACCGUGCCUGAAGUCUCGCGAGACACCAGAAUUAUUGUCAUUUCUGGCCCAUCGGGAGUCGGCAAAGGAACCCUCAUUCAGAAGCUUAUGGACGCACAUCCUAAAAAAUUCGCAUUUACCAUAUCCCAUACAACCCGUGCGCCACGACCCGGUGAAACCCACGGCGAAAGCUACUUCUUCGUCACCCCCUCUACAUUUAACGACCUUGUUUCCAAGGGUUCCUUUCUCGAACAUGCAAGCUUCGGUGGGAACCAAUAUGGCACGAGCAAACAAACAGUUUCGGAUCAAUUAGCCAAAGCGUCAUACGUUGUGUUCGAUAUUGAGAUGCAUGGUGUGAAACAGAUGAAGUCGGAUCCUAGUAUUGACGCUCGCUACAUAUUCAUUAGCCCGCCUAGCUUUGAGCAUCUUGCGAAACGUCUUCGAGGACGCGGUACCGAAAAGGAGGAGGCUAUUCAGAAGAGACUUGCCCAAGCGAAGGCUGAGCUUGAUUAUGCCCACACGGGCGCUCAUGACAAAAUCAUUGUCAACGAUGAUCUAGAUUUGGCAGCCAAGCAGCUUGCAGAUUUUAUCUUCUCGCCACGGAGCUGA